GCCGUGCAGCAUCAAGGAAGGGAAAACGAGUAGUCAUAAUUUACGCUGCGGACGCUAGCCUCGCCGUUUGUCUUCUUCCUCCUUCACCAAAACCAGGUGCUGGGACACGAAAGUGAGAGAAAGCAUCACGGCGCAUUCAUUCUGAUUUUUUUUAAUGCUCCUUUCUUUGCUAUUUACUCCGCCUCGCUUCCAUCUCAGCGUAUCGCGACAGCAGUCUUGCCGCCCGCUCCGGAGGCUCCGCGUAUUUUAGGGGCCCAGCACCCAGACCGACCAUGAAACUCGAAAGUCAUCAAUAAAAUUGCAAAAGAAAGCUAGCAGAAAUUACGACAGACAAUAACAAGAAUACGAGGGAUGCGGACCGUACUACGCGCAAACCUCGUCUUCUGGACCUUGUGGUCCGCAGCGCUGCUAUGGAGCUACUUCAACUCCUAUACGGUGGGCAGCUUAGUACAUGGUCUGAAACCUGCGGAACGAAAAUCUAUACAUAUCAACGUCUUGCUGGCCGAUAGAAAUCCAGAAGAGCACUUUGCCUAUGGUGAAGAGUGGCUGACAGAUCUCGUGGACCAAGUGCUGGUCUACGGAGAGGCCAACUCCACCCAUAAUGAAGGCUACAAGACAAUCCCUUAUAAAGAGCGCACAGACCGCGUAGAAAGCAUGCGAAUGGACCAUUCCGCGCUGGUCGCGGCUUGCCAAGAAACCGGUUCUCGUUACUUUGCGCUUAUUGAAGACGACGUUAUCGCAUCGCCCGACUGGUUUCGCAAGAUGAAAGCCGGCCUCGCCCAAGUGGAAGCCAAGUCGCGAGAGUCGGGUAGGGAGUGGGUAUACCUCCGUUUAUUCUACUCGGAAACAUUCAUGGGCUGGAACUCGGAAGAGGCACCGACGUAUAUGGGAUAUAUUGCGCUGCUAUACGCUGUCAUCUUGGUUGUAUGUAUCCAGCUGUGGCGAAGGCGGCGAAGGCCUGGCUAUCAAAGCCUGAAGCCAACGGCACAGUCGCCGCAUACGUUCAACUAUAUUAUCGCGCUAGUCAUUGGGCUCUGGACACCUGCUGCCAUUGCCCUGUUCUUCUUGACGGGUCGGGUCACCAUAAAUCGACUAAACCCCUUCCACGGCUCUGGUAUCCGCGAGAUGCCCCGGUACGGCUGCUGCGCACAGGGCCUUGUUUUCCCUCUGCGGCAGCUCCCUGGCUUCCACCACCUGCUCACCACGCCGCCGUUCGACUUUCCUGGCGACAUGAUUCUCGAGGGAUGGGCUGGCAACCACGACUACAGCAAAUGGGCACUAGACCCCAGCGUGCUGCAGCAUGUAGGCCUGAAGCAGUCCUCAGAAGGGCCCAGGCUGGCCGAAAUUUGGAACUUUAGCUUCGAACGACGACCAUACGCACCCUCCUUCUGGUAACGAUGCUCAAUCUGCACCUUCUUUUCCUUCCUAUAUCAUUGGCUAGGAAUCCGACGUUUAAUCACACGCCCUUUUAUUCCCAUCCUCUUCGUUGGCGUUUUUUACGACAGCAUCAGUAUCAUAGCUUUUUUGGUUUUUGUUACUUGGUCACAAGCGUGGGCGUUAGUAGACCGGCACUUAAUGAAAUGACUUUUAUUGUAUCAUUCACAUCGGCAUAUCCCAUUGUUAAAUCCCGUCUCGCCAUUGUCGCGUGCGAAGCUUGCCGUUGUUACAUUCAGGUGGUGAUAGUAGCACUGCUAACAAGCAGUAGACCGAAGAUCAAUGCUUCUAGAAAAGCGGUGGUGGAGGGGUGUGCAUAUUACAUUGUAAUAGUAAAAGCAUUAUUCGGGAAUUUUCGGGCCGCUUUACCCCAGAAAACAACUGGCGGCAGGAAAGCAGGAAUCCCCAGCAAUGGCUUUUUACUGUACACGGCACAGACGACCGCCUUUUUCCUGCGAUCGGCUAGCAUUGCCGGCGUCCGGCGGUGGACGGUGGCCGGCAGAAUUAAGGUUAGCGGAUGGCAGGUGAGACAACAAAGAGCUGCGGACAAGGGCCAAUAGUGUUGAGGCGAUGAGACGUCUUGGCUCAGCUUGGUCUAGACCAGCCAAGGCGCUAUGUUGUCUGCAAUGGGUAGGGGGAAGAGGACUACUGUACAGUACAACACAUGCAUGCAAUGUCCGCUUUCGCAAGCUUAAAGCGACUACUGCACCGCUAGCCGGGAUCACGGGUGGCUGAGUAUGCAAGGUGUCCGGGCGAUGCAUGUUGCGAGAUUGAUGGUUCAGCUUGGCGGUGGCGGUUCCCGGGGUGCAAGGUUUGGUAGGAAAAUUGCAAUGCAGUAUUUUGUGAUAUGUUGGGACAGACGGCUGCUUGUUCCAAGGGGGGGCGGUAUACACCACAAAGAUCGACAUGUGAAUACUGGACUGAGUGGCUAAAACAUAGGCUGAGUUGGCAGGCAUGCAUGUCACAGCUGAUUGGAGAUGGAUAAAUGGAAAAGAUGUAAAAAGAGUCUCAUAUUUGGUUGUUCAUUAACUGUCUCAUUAUAAGAGAGAUCAUCGCUAUACAAUUGAUGUGUAUCAUGACAAAAGAAAAGAAAGAAAAAAAUAUAUCCUGGGCCCGAAAAUGUAAUAGAAAAUGUGAAAAAAGGAUGCUCCGUAUAUGCCAAGUUAGUUUUUUACACGCCGUUGGCGAAGGAGAGACCACCGGCCUGCUGGUCAACAGUCAUGGAGUGGUUGAGACCGCAAACCUCAAAGAGACGGACGGGGGUGAGAUCCUUGGGGGUACCAACGAUGCCCUUGUUCUUGAGGAGGGUGAGGGUCUCCUUGAUGGCUCUGUAGGCAGGGGCAAUGGUGGCAAAGGAGAAGAUCAUGAUGCGGAAGCCCAUCUCGCGGGCCUCGUCGACGGUGAUGGUAGGGCUAGCGCCGUUCUCGACACUGUUGAGGAGGAGGGGCCAGCCCUCGAGGUCCUUGACGGCCUGGGCGGCCUGCUCCUUGGACUUGAAGCCCUCUAGGAGACCAACGUCGGCACCGAGGUCACGAGCAGUGCGGAGACGCUCGAUGCACUCGUCGUAGCCGAGAGAUUGGAGAGCGUCGGUGCGGGCAAUCAGGACAAAGUCGGACUUGAGGCGGAGACGGGCAGCAUGGGCAGCGCGGAUGCGAGCGUAGUACUCCUCGCGGGGAACAACCUUCUUGCCGGAAAGGUGACCGCAGCGCUUGGUCAGGACCUGGUCCUCAAGAUGAGCGCCGGCAACACCGGAGCGGAUGUACUGCUCGACGGUGCGGGCAGCCAUGAUGGGGCCACCGUAGCCGGUGUCCAUGUCGGCAAUGAGAGGAGGGCCAAAGGGGUCGAGGUUGGCAAUCAUGUCGGCGUUUUCACGCAUCUCGUGGAGCUGGGCGAUGGCGAGAUCAGGCUGGCCGAGGCGGGAAGCGGUGGUACCGGCACCAGUC